AUGGCCUGGGGUCUUCCAACCUGGCUCGGGGGCUCUGCCUCUAAUCCUUCGUCACCACAAUCAUCGAACCUACCCCCACGAUCCAAAGACGGUGGCUACGUGGCUCCAGACCGCACGUCUCGCGAACAAUGCUACGAGUCCCGCGAUAUUUUCUUUCAGUGUCUGGAUCGGCACGAUAUAUUGGACGCAAUCAAGGAAGAUGAGAAGGCAAGGAAGGUGUGUCCGGCAGAGGUAGCUGCUUACGAGAAGGAUUGUGCAAGAAGUUGGAUCAAAUACUUCAAAGAGAAGAGAGUUGUGGACUACAAACGAGAUCGUACGUUAGAAAAAAUGGCAAAAGAAGAUGCCGAGGCGGCUGCAAAGGCAAAAUCGGAGAGGAAAGGCAAGCCAUGGUUCGGGUGA